CGCACUGUCAGCCUGCGCAUAUUUUUUUUAUGACUGCAGCGCUGCCAUGCAUGCAUGUCGUGCCUCUGUUUGURUGCAGAAUGUUGAAAUUUCAAGCAGUUUUUGAAGGAGAUGUGGCAAGAGAUGUUGAAGAAAUAGAUGGAAAACAAGAGGCCCUGCUUGGAUGAAAGUGUGGGGGAAACAGAAGCUGAGGAUAGAAUAGCAGGGGAAAAGGCACUGUGAUUAGAGAGAGAGAAAAAAAAAAGAAAGAAAGAGAGAGAUUGUAAGGCGGAGGAAGAGGAGGAGGCAGAAGAGGCGAUCUGCUGAAGGGAACCAGCAGAGCCGCUGAUUUGACCAAAACCCUCRGCAGCUGCCUUCUGUUGCUGUGGAGAUGGGCUGUUGGCUCUCUGGACCAUGGAUGGGUGACCAAACGAUGAGUGGGCGGAGUCUAGCACACCUAAGCCAGCGGGAUGCCUUGAGGAUUAUUGCUGCGAGUCAGCGCCCCAUCACUUUGCAGAUCAAGGGCCAGAGGAGRCGGGGCAAUGAGGGAGACAGGGGAUCCUGGGAACCCCUGCCGCUCAACCUGCAGCACCUCAACCUACCUCUUCCAAUGAGGGGGGCAGGAAUUAACACAUCUAGCCCCUCCUACCCAGACAGACAUUAUUAUGGCCAUCUGUCUCUGCCACAAGAUCACUGUGAUGGAGGACGGUACAGCUAUAUGUCUAGCUCCCCACGGGACACUGUGGAAAUCAACCAUCAGGAUCUCGAACUCGCCAGACGUCGACAAAAAAGGAAGAAUUGCCUGAUGGGAUGUUGCAAUCCUGACUUAGAUGAACCAACAACCUGCCACAGUCAGACUGACGAUGAGGACUUCAUCCUGGAGAAGCCAUUGGGUUACAUGCCCCUUCACCAUGAGCUGGACAGUGGUCUGGGCUGGACAGAUGGCUCCCUCCAUCAGGGUGAUCUCUCAGGGCUGGAGACAGAGGAGGGAGGUCUGGAAGACUGUCAUCCUCAUGGGAACUUUGCCACUGCUGGGUGUGGGGGGUUCGGAGGUGGGGGCUCUCCGUCCUCAGAGUCUUUCAUCUCCUCUGAGCUCAGCGAUUCAGGCUUCUACAGUGUUAGCACCGGGGAGUUCAGACACUUCCAAAGGCUCCUAGAGAAGAGGAUGCGUCUGUACAAUGCCAGGAUGCAACAUCAGGGUGAACCAUGCGAGAGACGCGAGAGGCGUGACAGCUGCCCCAAGAGUCACAGAGAGCUGCUCGAAUCGAUACCAGAGGCCCUGACGAUGCAGCCCCCAUGUCAGCACCUGCAACAUGGGAUGGAGGAUGGAGCUGGGCCAGUCAUGGACGUCCAGCCUCGAGGACUUUUCAGGGUUUCAUCGGUCCAGUUCCAUAAAGCUGACCGACCCUGUCUGAACCGCCACAGCUCUAGCAGCGGAGCUCUCUUCAACCCCUCUCACGCCCCAGUCCCACGUAUAAAUGCCCCGGUCCUCUCCACCUGCAGCACACCCUCCAGCCAUCGAAGACCACAAAUACCCAUGCAGCAGCMGUACAACCACCAGGGUUCAAGCUCAGUAGGCAUGCUGAGGAGGAGCAGAACCCUACACCAUCGACCGCCUCCGCAGGAAUACCGCCGCCGGGCCAGCCACCCAGCAUCACCUUCCUACUGUGCUGCAACUCUGCACUACUGUGGAGGUGUCACGCCACACAACGUCCUUCCACCAGGCCUGCCAGAGGAAGGUGAGCUAGAUGCUGGUGUGAUGGCUUCCCACCCAACAGGCAUGACCCUAUCACCCCAACAACACCCGGCUGCUUUGGGACACGUCAGGGGCACCAACACCAGUGAGCGAUGCUAUGACAACUCGGGUGGUCAGAUCACACAAAAUGACUGGUGGCACACUCAAGAUAGAAGCUUAAUGCCUGAGCCAGCGAUGGCAGAAAGAGAGAGGGAGAUGGAGAGGGAACUGGAACAAAAGAGACAACUACAAAAGGAAAAGGAGAUUGAAAGGGAAAGAGAAAUUGAAAGAGAGAUGGAGAGGGAAAGAGAGACAAAGCUCCAGGAGGAGAAGGAAAGAGAGAGGCAACUGGAGCUGGAAAGGAGCAGAGCUAGAGAACAGCAGCACCUCCAGAGUCAUGUCCUCCCUCUGCAGGCUGGAGACGUCAACGACACCUGGCCAAAGCCGGCCAGUCGUCAGUCCUACGGAGGUGGAGGAGGUAGAGGCCUCUACAGCACUUUGGAGGGCCACACAGGAGUUGGAACUGCUGCUGAAUGUGAGGCAAAGAAUGGACAAACAAAUGCGAACUCAAGUCACAAUGCCGGUUCCGGUCUGCAGGCAAAACCUAACCCAAGCUCUAGACCUAACACAACCUCACGAGUCACAAGGAGCCAGUUGCUCAGAGAUCGAGCUCAUCAGCUGGCAGAUGAACGGAGCGGAAUGAGCACUGAUGAAGAGACCAACACUGACAUGCUGCUGGGUCGCUACUGGAGUCGAACAGAGAGGAGAGAACACUUCCUGUUGGCUCGGGAGCAAAAGCAGCAACAGCUGCUGGCCAGAGGCGGGCCUUUACGAGAAGCAGUUAGCCGGGGAGCAGCGUCUAUAGUAGACGGAGGCUUAAUAGAAAGCAGGGGAGUUGGACCUUUUGCUGAGGGGCGAUGCAAAACUGUCCUGGAGCUGAGUCAACGGAAGCUGAGUCGUCUGAGGAACAGAAAGCUGUUGGAUGACUGGACAACCGUAGAGGAGCUGCUKACUCAUGGGACCAGGUUGGACAACCAGGAGGACAUGUUGUGUCCAAGCUCCUUGUUGACAGUCACCACUGUCUAACUGCACAGACACAAUGUUUAGUUUAACCUUUGAGUGUGUGUGAUGUUAAACUAAUGAUAUAAUAUUAUGUGAGUCUGCCUGUUCCGUCUUUCUUAGAGUUAGACAAGAGCAUGGAUGUCAGCUGAACUAGGCAUCURGUAGAGAAAGAGAGUUUGGGAUUGGUGGAAGGCCCAUUUAGACUUGGAGUGAAAACAAACAAUGUGAAAGAAAAGCACCAACGUCUCUUCAGUCCACUCCAGGCAGGUGUUGUUCACCCAAUGGAACUGAAGAUAUAAAGCUGUCUUGGGUUUCUUACGUCACUUCAAUUAGACAUGUUUGGAAUCAUCGGUGGGUUUAUAAUACUGUUUUUAAAACAGGAAAUACCAAAAAGUCUGACUGCCACCCUCAAUUCAGUUUUUUUUUCCUCUGCACUUUAAUAUCCCUCAAUAAYCCCAUAAGAGUAUGGCUGCAGUGGAUGUUUUGAUAAUUGUGAUAUGGUUCAAUGCCCAGGCACUGGGCACUGAGUUGUGUGGGGUCAGGAGCACCUAACAACAAAAAAGCAUGUCAGUUCUAAUCAAACCAGAUUUAUAUUGAUUUUUGCAUGUGCAGUCAAUGGGCAGUGCAGACGCUGAUAAUAAUGCUGGUUGGUGUCUGAUUCCCAGCUUUCAAUCUAGAGCAAAAUUAAAAGGCUAUUUAUGUAAAGUUUGCAGUAUUAAAACACCUGAACUAUGUUACUCUACCCUGAUACAAACUCUUAGAAAUACAGUUUGUUGAAUGUUUGCUUUACAAAAUGAGUAGGAUUGUUAGAUUUCUAUGAAAAGGAACAUAAGAAGUAAAACUAUACAACUCUGCCCAGCAGUGGGGGGUUGACGUGAGGUGUAGACAGACAKGCUUCCCCAGGGCUCAAUUAWUGCAAGAACCAUCACUGCUUGACUGUUUUCACAGACUGCCAAAUAUAUUUUUCCGGUGACAUUUUUAGKGGAUUAUGGGCUGUUAGUAAAAUCUUAGGGGACUUUAUUUAUUAACUAAUUACUUCCAGUAUCUGAAGUGCAAAGAUAAAACUGACAUCCAUUCUCUAAUCUCUCUGCGGAAGACAGGAAGCAAGACACUUCACACAAUUGUUGUAUUGUUCUGUUAGCAUAUAUGUCUGAAAGGGAAAACUUUACUCUCAUUGCUUUGCAUCACCUCAACUGAUAGCUUUACGUGUGGGUGUGUGACCACUGUACAGCACUCCGGACAAAAUGUGUGAGUCAGUGCAUGACGCUUGACAUGACAAACAAAUGAGCAAGGUCAUAUGAGCUGGUGUGUGUUUGCACCAUGUGAUUCAUGCUACAUCCAAUGCUAAGUAUAUUUUACURGAUUUUUUUAAACAUUUACAAAUAUUUGGGUUUGAACCUCUAACAGGCCAUGGGAUACUUGGAGAGCAAUACUAUUCUAGGUGUAUUUUCUUGUCUGCGCACUUAAAACAAAUCACAAAUUCCUUUUAUAUCAAUGGUAAAGAUACAAAUCAACUGUAGCAAAGCAGACAAUGACAACUUGGAGAUUUGAUACAAAAUCUUGAAAAAUGUAUCCUUUUUCAGAUAGUAACAGUUUGUUAAAAAAUAAUCAGUAUGAUUUUGUGCAACAAGAAUAAAAGUGUGUGGGUUAGUGGAAUGCAACAGUUUUUCAGGUAGAAGGUUUGAUGCUCAACUUUAAUCUGUUAAAUCAUAUGCUGCAAUGCUUGGCCAGGACUUUACGCUGCACUCAUGUUACUCAAUUUCAAUCUAAAACUACAUGYAURUGACWGCAMAUAUUCCCCAUUUUAAGAAACCUAAUUAAGUGAUUUGGAGUCAAAGCACUCUUUARUAAAAGUAGUGUUACACCGAUCACCGUUUUUAUUUAUCUCUAAUUAGAACCUACUGUCAGGACUGAUAUAAAUGUUCAGAUAAUUACCAGGAUUACACUAUUAGUAGCGUUAAUUGUUAAUAUUAUAAUUAUCAUGUCGCUUGCUCCUUCUGCUAUUUUCAGCAACCAGCGUCUUUUAUCAGCGAUUUAAAACUAAAUACAUUGCUGCAACUGAUCUGGAAUCUGGCAGAAUUAGACAAAUAACUACAUACCACUAAUAUUUUAUUGAGUAUUUCUACUUGAGUAGAAAACUGUUAAUUCAGAGACAUGAAUGCAGCAUAGAGUAGUUAGUCCACCACGUGUCAUGGCUCUMCUUUACUGCCAGGAAUUUUAAAAUCGGCAGGAUGUUUACAGAUCUACGCAUAAAACAGUUUAUGCAUGUUUACUCAAAUCCUGAGGAGAAGGGUUUUUUUGAGAAAGGACGGUAGAACUCUGAUAGACCUUACAUAUGGGAGGAUGUGCUGAUGUCCGCAGCGUCUGCUCUGCAGGUAGAGCUCCAGAGACAUUCCACUUCAAGCUGGUGACAGGUCCGCAGUUCAGGAACAAGUGCAAUAAUACCUCAAGUUAGUUUCGUCAAGGUAACGAUGGUGUCUGCUUUUCAGUGAAUGCAGUAAUUUGUUUUAAAUCAAAACGGAUGCACAAAGUGAUAAGACACCACAAGUGCACAAGUAAUCUUGGAGUUUGCAGAGGCAACAGCUAAGGUCAUACAGAUAUUUACAGUGUUUUCCAUGGGAGGGACCUAAGAAGAAAAAAACUUUUUGCACAUCAUUUUUAUAUAAAAAGUUUUCCCUACCUAUCUGUACCAGGGACUUAGGCCAGUGGAACAACUGUAGAUAGAAUGACAGUGUUUGUUGAUGUUUUCUUUAUAAACUAUCAUAGUGAUUUAUGGAGGAAAAAAGUAGUUUAUUGUGGUUGUGUUGGACAUAUUUCAAUAUUUUUCUUGUGAUGGUUUCAAAACAAACGUGGACAGUUUUAAUGAUCUUUAAAUCUUUUAAUGCUAGUUAAGUCAUUUAAAAGCUAGUGAUAUUUUCAUUUACUUUUCUUAUGAAGAGAACACACUAUAUAAAUAUUAUUGUCUCUUUAAAUGGAUUUUUGAAAUUGAAUUUACUGUUGUUUUGUGUCAUUAUGACAUGUACAUAUUGAUUUUGUCACACAGUGCGACUGAGGGUAGAGUUUGAGGAUAUGAUGGUGCCAUCUGAUGCCUCCAGUGGUUUAUCAUGUGAUUCUGUAGACUUAUAGCUGUGUUGUGGAGGCUGUAUAUACAGCACAGGGAUAAAAAUUGUAUCAUCAGAAUAUUUAAAACAUCAUAUGUCCUUGGUCAUAGAUGGUAUUUUUGUUUGUUUCUAAAACUUAAGAGUGCUCUCCAUAGGUUGUGUAAUUUAAAGAGAAAUUCUAGUUUUCAGGUAUGAUUUUGAGAGAUUUUGUGCAUCUGACUGUUUGGAAUGAGGUUGAUGAUGUUUUUAUUUUUAAUUUACUCUCUCCAUAUUUGGAUGUUAGCUAUUUUAUGAUAGUAAUGGAAAUGAGAACAUGGGGAAAAAAAUAUGCUUUUUUUUACCCUAUUUUUGAUCAAAAUUUUGGAAGAUGUCUAAAUUCAUGACAUGACUGCAUGAUGAAACAGAUGGUUUGAAGCCAUGUCCCAGGGAAUAUAGAUGUAUGACAUGCUAUCUUCUUCUUUUUCUGGAAAAUKUGUCAGAAAUCUGCAAGUGAAGUCAACUUCAAACUAUUUAAGUUAUGUUUGACAUUGUUCUUGCUGCCAACUUUAGCUUCAAAAAGCAAAAUUGUGUCACUUCAUUGUCCUUGCUUUCGUGAAACUGUUAUAUUCGCUACUUUUUUUUCUAUUUGUUGCAUAACCAUCACAAAGAAAACUUCACACAAUCUUUUUUAUGCAGUAUAUGAAGCUGCAACACAAAUCUCUUUCUGAAGAUCAGUCAUAAUGCUAAAAGAAAGAAGGUGCACAUUUUGUGUGGUUAAAUCUUUUUGUUUGUGGUUAGGUUAAUAAUUGUUCAUACGGCAGGCAGAUUUAGUUAUGUUUGAAUUUGACCAAAGUUUUUUUUUAUACACAACAUUUCUUGCUAAAAUGAAAACAAAACUAGAUAUUUUCCCCAGAAAUGUKCCCCUCCCCAUCUUAUUUUCUUUUUGUUAAUGUCAGUGCUAUUUCCAAUUACAAAAGAACUUCUUGUUUAAAUAAAAAUCUAUUUUAAAUCUAAAUCUGCCAUGUGGGAAAACAUUAAAUGUCCAUCAACAAUGAUGCUGCAUAGCCAUAUUUAUUUAAUUUAUUAUAUCUGUUAAUUAUUAUGAUCUUCUGCUUACAGAUGAUGAAAACACRACAUUUAAGAUUAGAAUGUUACRUCAAACCACUAAAAAAGAUUCUGAAUAUAGAAUGAAAAGUGUGUUUAAUAUCCGCUAAAAGGUCAUUUUUAAAAAGUUUUUAAUCUCAUGAGUCUCAUUGGCACACAUAUCCUAAUUCAUUGAAUAUGACUGUAUAUUUUAGUCCACAAAUAUUCUCCAAUUCAUUCUUUCAUUCAUUCACAUGUCAUUUGUUCCUAAAAUUAAGCGACAAAUAAGUGGAAUCCAUUUAUUUUUUAUUCUCCUUUUAUUUUAAAUAACCUAAACUCCAUGUUCACUCACACCUUGGUAAAAAAUAUGUAAGCCUUAAAUAAAUUGGUAGAAACGUGGCGACAUGGUAGAAAUGUGGGCAAGUAGUGAUUUUCUUAAAACCWUUUACUAGCUUGUAAAAAUCCCCACACAUCUGCCAUUUUGAAGAGUGGCUUAAAAGAAUCCGACCCGUGUUCCACUUCAUAUUUAUAUCCCAGAAAAGUAGGAAGUCAAAGAUAACUUUUAAUUAUGUCAAUAAUUUUUAUGCUGUUGUUUUCUUAAAAAAAGACAMACAUUUCUUAGCAUGGGAUUUUUUUACCUUCAGGUUAAAUGUAUUUAAAUUAWAGAUUUUAAUUUUUCAAAACGUCUUAAUGUGAGAUGCCGGUUUACUAAUAUGUAUUUAUUUUAAGGUUUUUCCCACAUCUUUACAAGGUGUGUGUGAAGGGAACUGUUUGCUGAAUACCUGAAAAAGUCACCAGACAACCAAAUUGUGAGUGAACAGUGGCACUGGGUUGUUUUACUGUCGUCUCUGAAUUGAGUUCAUUCCACCUAACAUUGCCCUUCUUCCAGCCUUUGUGUAAGCUAUCUAUUUUUAGGUUGCUUUAACAUUKGAUUUUUAUCCAUUUACUUUAAGGAAAACAAAAUCCCGGGUGGUUAAUUGAACAGSACUCAGUGAGUAAAGAUUUAGAAUCUUAUAUCCACUGUGUUUAUUCCCAUGUUCUUUUCUCUCUCGGUUGUGAUUCAAGCAGUCUGAAUAAUGGAUGACGAAGAGAGAAAUUUUCCUAGCCGCCCACCCCCCUUCACCCUCUUUGCUUACGUUACACAAGGACACGGAUGGCUGAAAAUAGCGCUGCUGUCCUCAUGUGAUGUGAAAUUAAAAGCACACUGGAGCGGAGACACUUGCUGCUGGGGAACGAAAAACACUUGUUCUACUCCAUCUGACAAUCCCUCCAUCCAGCCUGCAACACCAACCCCAUCUGUCUGUGCAAGGGUACUUUUCACUACGGCAAGCUUUUUGAAAUAUGAUUAUGUACAUGUGAUUGUAAUAAAGAGAUUUUAAUUAGCUAUGA